GCUUGUAGCAAUUUACAUAGCCAACAAUUUACCAAUUUGGUUUAUUUGCAAAAAGUGUACUAUUUAUUAAUAUUUAAAAUAAUAAAGUAACUUUAAAGAUGUCGGAAAGAAAAGUUUUGAAUAAAUACUAUCCCCCGGACUUCGAUCCGUCAAAAAUUCCUCGCAUGAAAUUGGCGAAAAAUCGUCAGUACACCGUUCGUUUGAUGGCACCUUUCAAUAUGCGCUGUGUCACAUGUGGUGAAUACAUCUAUAAAGGAAAGAAGUUCAAUGCUCGUAAAGAAGAUGUGGAAAAUGAAGAUUAUUUAGGCAUUAGGAUUUAUAGAUUUUAUAUUAAAUGCACUAGAUGUCUACAAGAAAUAUCAUUUAAAACAGAUCCUAAGAACACAGAUUAUGAAAUAGAGGCAGGUGCAACAAGAAACUUCAUGGCGUUGAAACUGGCUGAGGAGCAAGCCAAACGGGAAGAGGAGGAACAGAAAGAAGAAGAGGCAAAUAACCCGAUGAAACUAUUAGAAUACAGAACGGAGCAGUCAAGACAAGAGAUAGAACUUUUGGAGAGUCUGGAAGAUCUAAAAGAAUUGAACAGAAGACAACAGUCAGUUGACUAUGAGAGUAUGUUGAAACAAUAUAAAUCGGAAAGUGUAGAAGAAAGGAAAGCAAGGGAGGAGAGAGAAGAUAAUGAAUUCAUUAAAUCUGUAAAAUUCAACAAUCCAAGUAAACACAAAGUAGUUGCUGAAGAAAUCAUAGAGGAAGUCCUAGAUGAUGGUGAACCAGCAACAAAGAAUAUAAAAAAAGAUAUACCGCCUACAAAAUCAAAUGAUACAAAAAAGAAUGAAUCGUGGAACAGAAGUAUAGGUGUAACAGCAAGGAAGCCACUGGUUAACCUAGUUAAAAAGAAAUCGAGUGAACCAAUCCCCAAAAACAUAGACAAGGAAAAAGAUAUCACAGAUAAAAAAAUACCAGAGACUAAGUCGAGUGUUGUGCCCAGUGUUGCCAGUGGCAGUGGCGGACUUACCCUAUUGGCUGGCUAUUCAGGCAGUGACAGUGACUCCUAAUUGAAUAACAAUAACAAGCGGCUUAGCCCUAAACAUGAACCAGAUCAAAAUGUACUAACCAGCGAAUACACGAAUCGGGAGUUGGCGUAGCGGCGCGGCGAGUGCUGAAACCCAUCGGUACCUCAGCGGUGACGUCACCGGGCGCAGGCUGCCGAGCGCCGGCCGCCGAGCGCCUGCCGAGCGCCCACCAAGGACAGUAAACAUUCAACAGGUCAACGCUCGCCGCCGUCUCUAGCCAGCUUUUUUCAUUUCGGCCCUGAGUGUCCUACG